UUGGCGAGUUUGGUCGGCAGGGAGAGGGGAAGCGGUUGUCAGGGGUCCUGACCGAGGGGGGCAGGGAGUGGUAAAGGUAGAGGGUAAGAUGGGCUGCCUGUUCUCCCGGAAAUCGAAGGAGAAAGACCGAGAGAAGAAAAAGAAAAAGGAGAAGGUGCCCGAUGCUGAGGAGGAGCCGAAGCAAUACAGCUGGGACCAGCGGGAGAAGAUUGAUGUUAAAGACUAUAUGCUGGUUCAGGUAAAGGAUCAGACAGUAGGACGAUUGCCUGGUAAAGUUGCCGGUGAGCAAUUUGUCAUCCAAGAAUGCGAAAAUUGCAACAUUUACAUUUUUGACCACUCUGCUACAAUCACUAUUGAUGACUGCACCAACUGCAGGAUAUUUCUGGGACCUAUCAAGGGCAGUGUCUUUUUCCGUAACUGUACAGACUGCAAAUGUGUUGUUGCUUGUCAGCAAUUCCGUACUCGUGAUUGCAAAAAAAUGGACAUCUUCCUAUGUUGUGCCACACAACCUAUCAUCGAAUCAUCCACGGGCAUGAAGUUUGGUUGUUUCCAAUAUUACUAUCCCGAGUUGGGCUACCAGUUCAAAGAUGCAGGUUUGAGUAUCUUCAACAAUAACUGGAGCAACAUCCAUGACUUCACCCCUGUUGCAGAUGAGAACAACUGGACCUUGUUGCCUGAAGAUGCGCUACCCCAGGAUUUUGUUCCUCUUCCUGAUUUGGAAGAGUUCAAAUCAGUUCGGAUCUCCACCGAGUUGAACAGGAGCAUUGUUCCAGUCACACGGGGGCACAGGCAGAAGAACAGCGAAGAGUUGUGCUUGGUCGUGUUUUUUGCUGGAGUUUACACAACAGCCAAUGCCAGGAAGUUAAUUGACGAGAUGGCUGCAAAGGAUUUUGCUCUUGUUCAAACAAAAGAAAUUUCAAUGCGGCCAGAUGAUGCCAACAGAGUAUUUAAGGAGAAAGCAGCAGAUUUUAUUCCACUACUUCAGCAAGGUCCUGUUGUUGCAUUGGAAUUUAAUGGCGAUGGUGCAGUGGAAGCAUGUCAGAAUAUAAUCAGUACUGUGUUCAGUGCAUCUAAGGUCUUUGUUUCUGAAAGCAAGUCUUCAGCAUCUCAAGAUGUGGACAAUUUCUAUAACUAUGCCGAUAUGCAGAUGGGAAUGUGAAAAUGAACUAUGGCAAUAUGUGAAUAUCUGAUCUACCUAUGGUUAUGUUUCCAACUGAGUAGAUAUUUUGAGAUUGGACGACUGGAAACUGGCAGUAUUGUGAAGCAUGAUUGGUUCUAGUUAAGGUUUAACAUCCUGAAUAUAACAUUGUUCCAAAUGUCUUUGAAAUAAUGCUAGUCAAAUACUUAACCAAAGCAUUUUCAGCAGUUUUGUACAACUUUUUUUUUCUUUUGAUCUGUUCAAUGAAAAUUUUAAAAAUCAAAGAAUCCUUUAAAAUGAAGCAACGGGUUUCUGGAGUACUUUUUAUUUGAUGUAAUCAUAGAUUUAUUAUCUCACAGAACUGGCCAAUUGUUGGUUUAAUGAUCCUGAUCUUCAUACCUCUGCCUAUAACCUCCUGAUUUCUUUUUUCCUUUCAUCUGGCUCCUUUCUUCCAUGCAACUAAAAUUUGAAUUUCAUUUCUUACUCAAAUGCCAGUUAAAGGAAUGUUAAGUCAAGUUAGUCUCCCUCUUUUAUAGAUCACUGCAGUUUUAGCAACAACUUACAUUUAUCUAGGAUUUUAAAAUAAAUGAAAACACAAAUCAAUGUGUUUUCCCUUAGGCUAUGUAGAAAGUCAUUUUGAGUCAGAAAGGAGUGCUCAGGCCAGGUAACCAAACAUUUGAAAAAAUUGAAAACCUAACGCACCAUGAAAUGGCCCAAUUAUUGGGAAACUAACUAACAUUGCUAGCAGAACCAAUUUAGAAUAUUCAGAGUUUGGGAAAUUGAUAUUCUUAAAACUAAAAUUCCCCAAUUUCCAACAUUGUAUUCCAUGUGAACUUGGCUUCCAAAACAGGUUUAUUUUGAACAUGUUUUCAUCUUUUACCAGGUUGUUAAUAUUUGUGGUACUAACUAUCACUUUGAGACCUACUUAACAGAUUUUUUUAUUACAGUUAUAAUGGAUUAAAAACCAAUUUAGAUGUUUUAUAUACUUGAUGUAAAUCUUUUAACAGUAUGCCAGAUUUUAAUUUCUUUUUAAUGCCAUGUUGCUUAGGAAAACUUGGGGCUAGUUAAUGUGAAGACAACCAUUACAAUUUACAUGAGAUCUAUCUGCAUGUAACAGGCUCUUUGAUUUGCAUACUUGACCGUGGGCUUAUAAAUAUGAAGAGAUUUGAAGGAUCUGGGGAUGGAGUGAGGUAAGCUUGAGGUAGAAAAUCAGCUAGAAUCAUUUGGAUUUCAGAACAGGCUUGGAAAGCCGAAUGACUGACUGACUUCUGUUUCUUGUGAUAUCAUGAUUUAAAUAUUUUUAUGAUUAAUGAUGGGUUCUGCACUUUCUCACUGCUGGAACCUUCUACAGGAUUUACAUGUAAUCAAUAUUUUGUAUAUAGAAUUGUUUUUCAAAGUUUGAGAGAAGAUUUGUAGCUCGGGUGCUCGUUGUUGUGGUUCUGUUCACCAGCUCGGCGAACAGAACCACAACAAGAAUUGUUUUUAGUAAACCUUUUAAAAUGUUUAUUAUCAGUAAAUGCUCAUCUGUUAGUGUGAAAUUCUGAAAUAUAGUUUUAAGAACGGAUUCAAGGAAUGAGGUUACAAAAUAAAUGAUUACAGCAUAACUGAACAAAAUUGUAUGUAUUAACCAGGUUUGGAUCUCCUGUUAAAAAGGUGAUGGAGAGCAGGAUUGUUUGAAGGGCUUGACAAACCCAUUGUCAUUGUUACUUUGAUGCUUCCCUUGUAGCUGGGAAGUAGGUGUAUGACAGGUUUCUCCCUUGUUUUAUUAAAAUGAUUUGUCCUUGUUGGUCAUACUGAUAAUGCAACUGAAAUUGACCAUUUUUGGUCUCAAACCAGGGUAACAGCUAGAAACGAUACAUUGACACCAACGUUUUGAGUUACAUUGAUAUGUCAAUGUAGUGGCUAAAAUAAUCCCCCACACACUUUUACGUGUGUUGGCAUUCUUUAAAUAGUGUAGAAUCCUGAAUGUGGUUACAGCACAAAAGACGAACCGUCAGUCCAUCAUGUCUAAGCUGUGCUUUUCUGCAAGUACAGCUCACUUCAUAUGUCUCUCUGGCCUUUUUUAAAAAUGUAGUCCUGUAAAUGUUUUCCUUCUUUUGAAUAAUUAUCUGUUCCUCUUUGGAGGGCACAAUUGAAUAUGCCUAAACCACAAUCUCAGGAAGUGCAUUCCAGAUCCGAACACUUGAUUUCUUUUUUGUUUUUAAAGUCAUUUGUGGGAUGUGGGUGUUGCUUUCUGGACAGCAUUUAUUGCCCAUCCUUAGUGCCCUUGAGAAGGUGGUAGGAGGGUGCUUUCUUGAGCUGCUGCAAUCCAUGUGCUGUAGGCAGACCCAUAAUGUCCUCAGAGAGGGAAUUUUAGGAUUUUGACAGUGCCAGUGAAGGCACAACAACAUAUUUCCAACUCAGAAUGGUAAGUGGCUUGAUGGGGAACAUGCAAGUGGUGGUGUUCCCAUGUAUUUGUUGCCCUUGAGCUUCUGUAUGGGAGUGGUCAUGCAUUUGGAAGGUGAAAUGUAGGUUUUGAAAAUAAUUCAUUUCUCCAAUUCAUUGCUUUUGACAGUCACCAUAGUGUUUUCUGGUUCUCAAUCCUAUUACUGAUGAGAACAAUUUCUCUGUCCAAAUCCCCAAUGAUGUUAAACACUCUUAAUCUUCUCAUCUCCAAGGAGAACAGUUGCGACUUCUCCAGUCUAUCUAAUCAAUUGCAUUUCCUCAUCCCUGGGGCAAGCCUUGUGAAAUAUCUCUGCUGCUCCCACUCCUCCAUCUAACUUGAUCAUCGAGAUCUUUAAUCCCUUCUUGUGUUCAUUUCAGGGGCUCCUGUUUUUUGUCUCAAUUUGAUACUGUUUUGGAUUUGUUUUCUAUGAAUCAUAAAGCAACCAGUGAAAACUGAUAACAUAAUCAAUAGAGAACUUAGUUUUGUCCAUGAGUAAUAAAUGAUUGCAGUGAAAUUGGUACAUCAGGUCUAUGCCAGUAACUUUAAUCUUGUCUUCCUUGCUCCAUACAUUGUGUUUCUUUCUUUAAGCUAUUUUAAACAAAAACAGCACAUCAACAAUUGAGGCAUGCUAACCACCCUGAUUUUAUACAGUUGUCUUUCAUUCUGAGUGACUGUGAAAAUCAUGUGUUCUGUCCUUACUAUCACAUAAUACAUUGGCAGCAGUCUCUUUUACCCCCACAUGACUCUUCAAAAUGUUAAAGAACAAUCUGUAUUGGGUCUUCCUUUGGUCUUCUGUGCUCCAUUAGAAAAACAAACUGCCAUGCUGAUAAUAUACAGGCAAAUACUUUUAAGCAUUUUGGAGUUUAGGAUAAUGCAACAAGGCCAAGAAUGGGAACAGGUCGCUUACCAUAACUUCACCUCAAUCCUUUAUCUUAGAAUUUACCUUACCCAAUUAGUGUUCUGAUGAAAAUGUUUGAAUUGUAUUACCACUCCCAAAUGGGAUUGCAUUGUAAGUAUAAUAUAUUUGUCUUCCGUCUCUCUCCAUUAUUCCAAUUAUAAUAGUUGUGUUCCUGGCAAAACUGGAUUCCUUUCAAUCUGCUGAGAUUUGAAUACCUCUGAUUUUGCUCCAUUGCAGCUCCACCUGCAGAAUGCAAGAGAUUCAAACCCCACUAAUCCAGAAGAAAAGUUUGGACUUAAAGAGAAGUGGACAUAUUUUGUCUAAUUUAUUACACAGCUUCACCUAAAUGUAUGACAUAUACAUAUUUAUACAUUUUGAGUUCUGAUUUUACUCCAGCCUUUCCUAAAUGAUCAGCUGCAGUGCAAAAAUUUAGUUCUAUAGGUUCUAAUAGGUCUUAGCAACUUGCACAUUGAAUAAUCUUGGCUCAGAGAUGAAGAAUCAACAAUCAUCAAUGCUGAGGCUGAACUGUCCUCUUUGUAACCAUUUGUUGAGUUAAUUGGACAGCAAUUGGGAGAGGGCUGUCUGGACAUAUUUUUUCAAUACUACUGGGCUAGGAAAUCAAGAGCAAUUGUAAUUCCUUCUAAAGCUGAAAUGCUUGAAAUCAGUGCUCCUUAUUAAUUAAUGGAUUUGAUUUACUAAUGUGAUAUUUAGAAUGUCUACUUUGUCUCCAGUGUUGCUAUUGAUAAUGAAAUUGUUUAAUAAGAAACAACAUUAGAUGGGCUUUCUAAUGCAUUUAAGUCUUAAAAUAGAAUUCUAUUUUGAAAAAAAAAUUGAAUUCCAAAGAUGGUUGGAUUUUAAAAAGUGAACUCAUUUCAACUCUGGCUGUGAUUUUUGAGAAAGUAAAAAUUUAAAAUUUAAACCUAUGAAAGCUUUCUUAUUCAGAACUUUGGGAAUGUUUCAGCUAUUUCAUGAUCUGCUAAAUUACAUGACAAUUCUUACAAUUGAGAAAGAAUGUCUUCAGAGGAGAACAUUUCUUUUGUCUGUGGAAUCUUCUCUUUUGAAGAACCAUUUGUUUAUUCCCACACUACCAAUCAUUCUCCAUGUUGCAAAUUGGCUUUACAAAUGUAAAAUAUACAUAAAACAUUCUGUAGAAAUGAUUUUGGUUUAUGGCCUAAAGAAAAUCUACUGCUUUAAGGAUUUAUUUAAUUGAAGGCAUGAUUAUGAAAACUUAAUUAAUUUUAGUUUAGAAUAUGUACUCUUCAGGCAGUAGAGAAAUUUACUAAAAUGAUUUUGCCAGUAUUUAGCAUACAUUUUUGUCAGCAAAUUAAUUGUUUUGCUUGUAAUUUUGUAAAUUGUUAUUUGUAUGCUAUUUUUGCUAGUAUUUGUUGUAAACUUUUUAUUAAACACUACUAUAUAAUUUA